AAGCUGUUUUUUUCUCACAUAUAAAUCUGCACCGUUCACCCCUCUCUCUCUCUCUCUCGAAUUCCCUACUGGUAAGCAACCACUCCUUCGUGUUGAUUGAACGGCUGAAGGAACGAUGGCGGCCUUGCAGUAUUUGGAAACCCUGCGGAAUGCGCACCCGGAGCUUUCCGAGUGGUACAACACGCUUUCAGAUCUGUACCAGAGAAAGCUCUGGCACCAGCUCACACUCAAGCUCGAACAAUUCGUCGCCCUUGCUGUAUUUCAGGCUGGGGAUGCCUUAAUCCAGCUAUACCACAAUUUCAUAACUGAUUUUGAGACAAAGAUUAAUCUCCUCAAGCUUGCACAUUUUGCUGUCAUAGUUUCUCGGCAGUAUUCGGAGAAAGAGGCGGCCAUAAAUUAUCUUGAAGGAGUGAUUGAAAAGCUUCGUAAUACCAGAGAAACCCGCAUAGAGGAGCCGAUACUUUAUAUAAAAAUGCAGAGUGGUUUGUUUAAGCUUGAGCAGGGUGAUCAAAAGCAGAAAACUGACAUUGAUCCAUCUGUGUAUGCCAGCUACUAUUGGGUUUCAUCUCAAUAUCAUAAGUCCCGUCAAGAAUUUGCGGAGUUCUACAGGAGCGCUCUCCUUUAUCUAGCUUACACUUCAGUGGAAUCUUUAUCAGAAUCUUUUAAGCUGGACUUGGCAUUUGAUUUAUCUCUGUCAGCGUUGUUGGGGGAGAACAUCUACAACUUUGGUGAACUUCUUGCUCAUCCAAUUAUAAAAAGUCUUCUGGGGACUAAAGUUGAGUGGCUGUACUAUAUUCUUGAAGCUUUCAAUUCUGGUGAUUUAGUGCGUUAUCAAGAACUAUGCCGUGUACAUGGAGCUGCUUUGAGUACGCAACCAGCAUUAGUCCAGAAUGAGAAAAAGCUUCUGGAGAAGAUCAACAUUCUCUGUUUGAUGGAGAUUAUAUUCAGCCGACCAUCAGAAGACAGAACUAUUCCUUUGAGUAUCAUUGCUGAACGAACUAAGCUUACUGUAGAAGAUGUGGAGUAUCUUCUAAUGAAGAGCCUUUCAGUUCAUCUGAUAGAGGGAAUAAUUGAUCAAGUCGAGGGGACUGUUUAUGUGUCCUGGGUGCAACCUAGAGUUUUGGGGAUCCCUCAGAUCAAGUCCUUACGUGACCGACUGGACAAUUGGGUGGAUAAAGUACACACUGCUUUGUUAUCCGUUGAGGCUGAGACACCUGAUUUAGUUGCAGCAUAAUUUUAGUGCUUAUGCCUUUUGUUUCUUCUGACAAUGUCUAAGAGGCCAAAUUCUGUUGGCGAAGGAGACCAAAGUCUCUCAGUUCCUUGGGUCCCCGUGUAUGGUUUUCUUGCAAUGCCUGUAACCUUUUCCGUUUCCUGUCAGCAGCAACAGUUUGCUUUACAUGUCACUGGCUACAUAGUUUGAUGCCAUUAAUGAUAUACUCGGAAUACCCAUUUACUUUUUGAAAUUAUUCUAUUUGAAAGCAUUUGGAGCUUCUGUGUUAA